AAAUUCGGUGGGUGUCAAAAAUGAUUAACAUUACACACAUUAGUUUUGAUUCAAUUGAAAUUGAACUUGGCGUAUACAAUUGCUAGUGGAAAAUGUCAACUCUCAAGAAAAGAGGUGGUAAGAAAGGUGCAGUGGCCACCACUACUAGUUCAAUCGAGCUUCCUGAAGAUGACAAGGUUGUUUCUGUGGAGAAAACUGAUUCAGAAUUCAAGUAUUGGCUUGGAUUAAUGCUUGUGACAGGAUUAGCAAUUUACACCAGAUUUAACAAGAUCAGUAUUCCUGAUAAAGUUGUUUUCGAUGAAGUUCAUUUUGGGAAAUUUGCUUCCUAUUACUUAGAAAGAACUUAUUUCUUUGAUUUGCAUCCACCAUUUGCUAAAAUGUUGAUUGCUUUUGCUGGUUGGUUAAUUGGAUAUAGUGGUAAAUUCAAAUUUGAUAACAUCGGUGAUUCUUAUAUCGACAAUAGUGUUCCUUACAUUGCAUACAGAGCACUCCUGGCCAUUCAAGGUUCAGCUAUUGUUCCACUCAUUUACUUAACUAUGAAGAAUUUGAAAUUUUCAAUUCCAGCUUGUUUAUUAUCAUCUAUUAUUGUUUGUUUUGAUAAUGCUCAAGUGGCUGAUAGUAGAUUGAUCUUAUUAGAUGCUACCUUGAAUUUAAGUGUAGCUUUGACUAUGUUUACUUAUACUAAGUUUUCUACUUUCAGAAAGCAACCAUUUUCUCAGGAUUGGUGGAUUUGGCUUAUUGCUACUGGUGUAUCACUUUCAUGUGUUAUUUCCACCAAAUAUGUUGGUGUAUUUACAUUUGUCACUAUUGGUCUUGCCGUCUUACAUGAAUUAUGGAUUUUAUUAGAUUAUAAGAAAGGAUUAACUUUAGUUGAAUUUUCAAAACAUUUCUUUUCAAGAUUCUUUGCUUUAAUUAUCGUUCCUUUCACUAUUUACUUAUUCUGGUUUUACUUACAUUUUGCUAUCCUUAAUAAAUCUGGUCCAGGUGAUUCAUUUAUGUCAUCUGAAUUCCAAGAAACUUUACUGGAAUCUCCAUUGGCUAAAUUUUCUAAGCCAGUUAAAUUUUACGAUACCAUUACCAUCAAGCACAAGGAAACCGAUGCAUUUUUACAUUCCCAUGAAUUUGUUUAUCCAUUACGUUAUGAAGAUGGUAGAAUUUCUUCCAAUAAACAACAAGUUACUUGUGUUUUCGAUCCUGAUAGCAAGGAACACCUUGAUGCAAACAACCACUGGGUCGUUGAACCAGCUUCUGCUGAUGUUCAAAAGGGUGUUGAUAUCUUUACCAAUGAUGUUAUUAGACUUAGACAUGCUGGUACCAACGGGUACUUGCUUGCACACGAUGUUGCUUCUCCAUUAAAACCAACUAAUGAAGAAUUCAUUGUUGUUCAUGGAGAAGAUGCUCAAGCUCACUAUAACGAAACCUUAUUCAGACUUCGUGAUGCUGAAGGUGGAUCUAACAAGAACAAAAAUAGAAGAAAGUUAGUUAAGACCAAAGCUUCUCCAUUAAGAAUUGUCCAUGUAGAUACAGUUGUUGCUAUGUGGACUCAUGAUGAUGAAGUUUUACCAGAUUGGGGAUUCGGACAACAAGAAGUCAGUGGUAACAAAAAGAUCCAACAAACUGAUAAUAUUUGGACUUUUGAUAAUAUUAUCGGUCUUCAAGCUGGUGAUAAGAGAUCUCAAUAUGUUCCAAAAGAAGUAAAGAAAAUUCCAUUCUUAAAGAAAUGGUGGGAAUUACAAGGUUUAAUGUUCCAUCACAAUAACAUCUUAACUUCAGAACAUCCUUUCGCCUCCCAACCAGAUUCAUGGCCAUUGGCUUUAUCCGGUGUGUCUUUCUAUAAUGAUAAUGAUUUAAGAAGACAAAUUUUCUUUACUGGUAACAUUGUUGGUUUCUGGUCAGAAGUUGCAUUCCUUGCUAUUUAUCUUGGUUUAUUAUUAGCCGAUCAAAUUAGUAGAAGACGUGAUGUUUACAUAUUAAGUGAUAAAGCAAGAUCUAGAUUAUAUAAUACAUUAGGAUUUUUCUUUGUGGGUUGGAGUUCACAUUAUUUCCCAUUCUACCUUAUGAAUCGUCAAAAAUUCUUACACCAUUAUUUACCUGCUCAUUUAAUAGCGGCUUUAUUUACUGGUGGUAUAGUUGAAUUCCUCUGUACCAACAAUAGCAGAAUCAAUGAUGGUACUCCAAAGGGAGUAAACAAAAUCAAGAUUUCCCUCCUUGUUGCCCUCUUAUCAGGUGGUAUUGUUUGGUUUUUCUUCUACUUCAGACCAUUAACUUAUGGUGAUGUUUCUUUAACUGUAGAAGAAGUUAAAGCAAGACAAUGGUUUGAUAUUAAAUUGCAUUACGCUAAAUAAUUCUAAUAUCUCACCUUCUAUUAGACCCUCUACUUUACACUAUAUAGGAAUCGUAUAUUAAAUAUUGUAAUUAAAAAAAAAAGUUGUAUUUUAUAUUAAAGU